UCAGGCGCCUCCGACAUGAAGGUUCUGUUGUUGUUGACGUGCGCGGCCGCAGCGGUGGCGGUGGCGGCGGGUGGCGCGGUGGCGUGGCCCGGUGCUGCGCACGUCGCUUACGCGGCGCCUGCGCACCUUGUCAGGACCGUCGUCCCAGCGCAUACGAAGACGGUUGCCUACUCCACCACGCAGUACAUUAACAACUUGCCUGACUCGUACCAUGUGGGAGUACAACCUAACUUCGAGUACCAGGUACCACAGUUGAAUCAGUUCGCUUCAAUUCAGCCAGCGUACUACCCCGUCAGUGGUGGAUACUUCCCGGCCGAAAGCAUCUUCUACCCAUCUAUAAAUCCUAUUGCACCUGGAAUUCCCGUGGGUAGCAUUCCUAGUUUUCCUGCUGGCAUUCCUAGUUUCCCUGCUGGCAUUCCAGCGGGACAAGCCCCUAGUGCUCCCGCCUAUCCCGAGAAUCCUGCAGGAGACGCUGACACAGCAGUAGUAGACUCUGCUGACGCACCACAACAAGAACAACAAACACAACAACAGCAACAACCGCAACAACAGCAAGACCAGCAGCCGGUUGACAGCCCCGCUCCAUCCCAACCUUCAGCACCUCAGCAACCGCCGUCUAGCACGUUCCCUAGCUUCCCUCAAAUCCAGUUCCCACAGUUACCAGAAGGCGUGCCGUCUUUCCCCCAGUUUCCCCAAGGAUCGCUACCGCAAUUCCCCCAGUUUCCUUCUAACCCACUUUUCCCACAGAAUCCCGCCCCCACGCAGCCUCCCAACUCCCCUUCCCCUGCGCCACCAUCAAGCUUCCCAGGUUUUGGCAACGAAGACAGGGGCCUAAAUGACGAAGACACGAUAUCUGUCGAAUCUGCAUAAACUGUUAUUGAAUUUAAUAAGUAUUAAAAAUAGCGAAAUUUUUA